CGGCUUCCCUCGUCGUCCAUCCUCUCUCUCGUCCUCCGUCGCCUGAGUUCGAAGGACGCGCACCGCCGAUUUAUCUAACAAGAAUAUCGGGCGGUUUGCACGAGUCGAGCCCUUCGCCAUCUACCACGACGUAUAUGUGGACACGCGUCUUCAGUUUGGAGAGCUUCUCCGAUUUAUAUCAUGUCCACACCAGUCUUGCGACAGAUUGGCUGGGACUUGUUGAAGGUGACGCGGGGGCUGAGGCCGUGUUUACGUCACGCCCAGACCUUUGAGCCGCUGCAAUCGAGCAGUUUCUGCGCCCGGUCAAUUCGUCCCCCAACUGCCAUCCGAACGGCAUCAUCUAAGGCCGUACCGACAAGGCUCCCCAAUCCCCGUCGUCUGCGGCCUCUUCCCUUUCUUGCUGCUGGUGGCGGGAUAUUCACUAUACUAUUUGCCUCGCUCCAGCCGUUUGACGACCCGAUCCGGAUAGCCCAAGAUGCGGCCUCUUCCUCCCCUAGCGACAGUGACGGCGGCUUGCCGCGCUACCGGCUUGCCGAAGUCAAACAGCAUGGGCCCAAAUCCGAGCGCCCUUGGGUCAUAUAUGAGGACAAAGUGUACGACAUCACGGAUUGGGUUCCUGCCCACCCCGGAGGCGAAGUCAUUCUGCGCGCCGCCGGUGGCAGCAUCGAGCCAUACUGGGAUAUAUUCUCUAUUCACAAGUCGCCUUACGUUCGAGAGAUCCUCGAACAGUAUGUUGUCGGAAGGGUCCACCCAAUUGACCUCAAGGAUGGGCGACCGUUACGUGAUCACAUCGAAGAUCCCUUCGUCGCGGACCCCGCCAGGGACGCGAGGAUGCGAAUGCUGACGGAAAAGCCGUGCAAUGCCGAGACCCCGAAUGACGAACUCGCCAAAUCGUUCCUAACUCCUAAUGAGGUCUUCUAUGUCCGCAACCACAUGUGGGUCCCUGUGGUGGACGAGGCUGAGUCCGAUAACCAUAAUAUUACGAUCGAGCUGCCCGAUGGCGAAAGCAAGGUCUACAGCGUCCAGGACCUCAAGGCCCGCUUCCAGCAACAUGCUGUGACAGCCGUCUUGCAGUGCUCCGGCAACAGGCGCAAUGACAUGACACGGUACGCGCAGAAGACAAACGGGCUGCAGUGGACGGUCGGUGCCAUCAGCUGCGCGAAGUGGGAAGGGGUACGGCUUCGGGACGUCCUCGCUGAUGCCGGCCUGUCGCUGGAGGAUCCGGGAGAAGACGCGAAGCAUGUCCAGUUUUCCGGCCUGGAGGCCUACGGCGCAAGCAUACCAGUCGCGGCCGCCCUAGACCCGAUGGGAGACGUGCUUUUAGCGUUCAAGAUGAACGACGCAGUCCUCCCGCGCGAUCACGGAUUCCCAGUCAGGGUAAUCGUUCCGGGUCAUGUAGCGGCGAGAUGCGUGAAAUGGGUGAAUAAGAUUGUGGUAAGCGACGAAGAGAGCAACACGACCUGGCAGCGCCGGGAUUACAAGUGCUUUGGCCCGAACGAAGCCAAACAGGAUUGGGACAAGUAUAAGGCCAUCCAGGUGAUGCCUGUCACGAGCGCCAUCACCCGAACCAGGUUAAAGCCCAGCACGAACACGGAAUCGGAUGCGCGGAGCGGCCAGUCCGAGUCAGCCGGUGACCGAGUUGUCCAGAUCGAGGGCUAUGCCUACUCGGGCGGGGGGCGGGAGAUCCAGCGUGUCGAUGUCAGCCUCGACGGUGGGGAGACGUGGGACCAGGCGCAACUAAUCGACGACACCAAUCUAGAAAGGGGAAGCAAGGUGUGGUGCUGGAAGCGAUGGAAGUACGAAGUCGGGCUGUCCACGAUCGGCGCCAAUAAAAAUCCGCACGGCGAAGCCAAGGCUACGCUCGUCGUCAAAGCCACAGACGACGCGUACAACACCCAGCCCGAAUCCCACAAGAGCAUAUAUAACCUGCGGGGAAAUCUAGCUACCGCUUGGCACCGGGUCGAUUUCGACCUCGCCGCUGCCCAGCAUAGCUGCGAGGAGGGUAAGGAUCAAGAGUAACAAGCACUUCCGUAAAUGUAGGUUAAAAAGGCUGGUCGAGAAAACACGGCACGACAUCGCAGACGGAGGGGAAUCAAUUUGCAUAGCGUAUGGCGUUUGCGUCGUGCUGGAUAAGGCAGGUUUAUUGGUUGCGAACCAUGGACGACCCGACUUCGAGCGUCCUCGUCGCCCGUUUAGGUAAAUGCAUUGUGUCU